AUAUAUUAUUUUCCGCGCUAUUUAAAUGUUCUAAGCUACUGUGGUUAUAGAUCAGUUGUUAUAAUACUACCGGCCUGUCGUGAUCUAUUGGAUGAUACCAAUAAAACAACUGUAUACUAUUGUCGUUUUAAAGUAACUGUUUUCAGUAAAAUUAAUUCGUGAUAAUGCAUAUUUUAAUUGCUUCGUGUCUGUUAAUUGUUUGCGGAAUUGUCGAUUCAACUUUAUAUAAUCAAAGGGGUCAGCUAUUUAAUCAGUUGAACCAAAGGCGGCAGAGAUCUAUAGGAUUCCCAUAUCCUUAUGGAUAUCAUUACAAUCCAAUAGAGCCAUCAAUUGAUGUCUUGGGUAGUUCAAACGACGCAUUCGAUUCUCAAAUCAACUCAUACAAACCGAUACAUCAGUAUGUUAAAAUGUCUACCCAUGACGAGGAUUUGGUUCCAAAAACGUAUUCUUAUCACCCAAUGAAUUCUAUCCACGAUUCCGAAUAUACUUCUGUACAGGACAUCCCUAAGUUAAUGCCGGAAAAUAUUUAUGAUUACAAAUAUAUCGCUUCACCGCCAAUCAAUUAUCAACCACAGCCAUUAAUACCAGAAAGUGACGUUGCUUUUAACCUAUUUGCUAUCAGAAAGGCUUCUGUCUUCAGCUACAAAUCUCCAAACUUGAAUUUAAAUUCAAACAUUUUAAGUUCCAUCUUCGUCGAUCCAAAGUCAGCAGAAACGGAUCCAGAGGUUUCAAAAGCACCAUCCCCGUCUGUAAUAAUAGUAGAAUUAUUACCUGAAAAGUCAGAACACGAGUCAACCACCGCGACAACAGAAGAUCCAUAUGAAAUUAAAAGUUUCAUAGAAAAAAUAUUAACAAAAAAACCAUUUUCGGUUGAAGGUGAAUCGAAUUAUGAUGCAGAAGCUCCGACUGAUAACGAAUCGAACUUGCUCGAAGAAAACUCAUCUGAAAACCAUUCGUAUUCUACUACAACAGAAGACGAAUCGAAUGUCUUUACAACAGAAAACGAACCGAAUGUCAUUACAACAGAAGACAAUUCGAAUGAUAUUCCAACAGAAGACGUAUCGAAUUCUUUUACGACAGAAGAAACCCAAACUGAAGACGACGAUUCAAAUACUUCGACUACACAGGAAACAACGACAGUUUCUGGAAUAGAUGAUGUGCUUGAUGACGAUUGGUUCAAUAGGAAAUCUGAAGAAGAUAGUGAAUUAAAAUUAAAAGAAAUUAUAGAUCGUUACCAGAAACUUAGAGAACAAAUGAAACCCCUGUUGACACUUGAUUCUAAGUCAAGUUCGGAAAGUGACGAAAAACAGGUGCAGACUGUCCCAAGUUAUACACUCUUAAGAUUUCCGGGCUAUGAAGAAACUGAGACGUUAGCUGAAUUUGAUGAAUAAUAAUAUUAUUUAAAAUUAAAUACCUAUACUAUAUUUGAUAUUUUUCUAAUUAUAUAUUAUUAACAUUCUUAUUUAUCUGCAAUUUAUUGUUUGAGAUAUAAGACAUUUCAUAAUGAAAACACUAUUAUCCUACUCUUUCUAACAAAACUAUUAUGAACCUAUUUUUAAGUAUAAAGCUACCAAAAAUAAUCUAAAAGUUUUAUUAUUAUAUAUGUCAAGUUAUUUUGCAACUAUUGUUAAACAGUAUAUUAUACAUUUUUUCAUUGUUUACCAUAUUGGAGUACAUACUGUUACCAGGGGCAUAUUUAUGGGGGGAUAAGGGGGUUACAGCCCCCUCCGAAAUUUUUAAUUAGUUAUAACUUGUUACAUUAUUAUUUAUAUUAUAUUUAUUACACGUACCUAUUCUAUUUCAUUAUUAAUUUUGUAAAAACAGCUAAGACUAUAACAAAAAUUAAAAUUUUCGAUUUUAUCGAUUUUAUUGAAA